AUGCGCCGAGUCGCUGAUGAUGCUGCUGCUGCUGCUGCUGCUGCUGCUGCUGCUCCACUCGACUCUACGAGCCGCGCAUUGACUCGACGUUCGACCUUUCCACCUCACCAGCAACCACAUCCAUCACAGGACAUGACCGCUGAGGAUAUUACACAAGGUGUUGCCAACGCCUCGCUCGAGGCGUCCGUUGCGGCUGCCACCGAGCAAAGGGUCACCCCUUGGGACGUCGAAGGUGCCACCGUCGACGGCCAGCAGGUUGCCAUCGACUACGACAAGCUCGUCAAGGAGUUCGGUACCCGCAAGAUCGACGCGGAGCUGCUUGCUCGCUUCGAAAGGCUGACGGGAUGGAAACCGCAUCCUCUCUUGCGACGCGGAAGCUUCUUCUCGCACCGAGAACUCGACAAGAUCUUGGAUCGAUACGAGCAGGGCAAACCGUUCUACCUCUACACCGGGCGAGGGCCUAGUUCCGACUCGAUGCACUUGGGGCACUUGAUUCCUUUCCUCUUCACUAAAUGGCUUCAGGAUGUAUUCGACUGCCCGUUGGUCAUCCAGCUCACCGACGAUGAGAAGUUCCUCUUCAAGCCGGCACUCAAGAUCGAACAGGUCAAGGACUUUGCCUUCAAGAACGCCCGCGACAUCAUCGCCUGCGGCUUCAAGCUCGAAAAGACCUUCAUCUUCUCCAACCUCGACUACGUCGGUGGUGCAUUCUACGCCAACAUCGUCCGCAUCUCACGCAUGAUCACCAUCAACCAGUCCAAGGGUACCUUCGGUUUCACCGACAGCGACAGCGUCGGCAAAGCACACUUUGUUUCGAUCCAAGCAGCACCUUCGUUCUCCAACUCUUUCCCUCAGAUCUUCGGAGAGAAGCACGAUAUCCCCUGUCUCAUUCCAUGCGCCAUCGAUCAGGAUCCAUACUUCCGUCAGACGCGCGACGUAGCAUCUCGUCUCAAGUAUCCUAAGCCUUGCUUGAUCCACUCCAAGUUCUUCCCCGCACUCCAAGGCAGUCAGACAAAGAUGAGCGCAUCCAACGAAACGUCCAGCAUCUUCAUGCACGAUACCCCCAACCAGAUCAAGAACAAGAUCAACAAACACGCCUUCUCCGGCGGACAAGAGACCAUGGAGGAACAGCGCAGGUUGGGCGGUAACCCCGACGUCGACGUCUCUUUCCAAUACCUCACCUUCUUCCUCGACGACGACGAGGAAGUGGAUCAGAUCGCCAAGGAUUACAGAUCAGGUGCGCUGUUGACGGGCGAGUUGAAGAAGAAGUGCAUCACGGUGCUGCAGAAGGUGGUGAGCAACUUCCAGGAGAAGAAGGCAAAGGUGACGGACGAGAUGGUGAGGGAGUUUAUGAACAAGGAGAGGAAGAUCGAUGCUACGAUGCCAGCGGCUGGGUCCACGGCGGGGAUGCAGAAGGAGCUUUCCAAGGAUACGGUGGUCGCUUCGACGAGUGCGUAG